GCCAGGGCGGCGCGUGAGGGCUCGAAGUGAAGGCGGCUUGUGGGGCUGCGAGCCGGGUCGCGGGAGCUUCAUGGCCGGAGCGCGGGCGAAGGCGGCCGCCGCAAGUGACAGAGGUGCAGCGAGGGCCGCCGCGGCCCUGUGGAGUUCCAAAAGAUGAGUCGUGGAUAUUCAGAAAACAACAAUUUCCUGAACAAUAACAACCAAAUGGUGUUGGACAUGAUCCUUUAUCCAUUAAUUGGAAUCCAUCAGACCAUUAACUGGGAAACUGUGGCAAGGCUUGUGCCUGGGUUAACACCCAAGGAGUGUGCAAAAAGGUUUGAGGAACUGAAGAGCAGUGGAAGCUCACCUGUUGACAACCAAUAUAGUCUCCUAAUGGCUGGAGAGAGUCCUGUUGAAACUCUAGCCACAUAUAUCAAAUCCUCACUUCUUGACACACAGGGAGAAUAUCAGGGGACUUCAGCUGGUCAGGAUGCAGUUUCCAAAACAGGAAGACAUAGUAUAGCUUCCACAAGGAAUUGUUCUUCAGAAAGUGAAAAUUGUACUACUCGUAAUGGUGGAGAAAAGACUGAAGAAUCUGAAGGGCCAAACAUGGUGAUCCAUGUAUGUGAUGAAGCAAAAAACUUGAAAGAAGAUUUUAUUUGCCCACGAGAUCUUUUGAUAUCAGAAAUGAAGUACUUUGCUGAAUAUUUAUCUAUGGAUGCCCAGCGCUGGGAAGAGGUGGACAUUUCAGUUCAUUGUGAUGUUCAGAUUUUCAACUGGUUGAUAAAAUAUGUUAAAAGGAACACUAAGGAGAAUAAAGAUUGUGAGAUGCCCACUUUAGAGCCAGGAAAUGCCAUUUCAAUUCUUAUUUCUUCAGAGUUUUUGAAAAUGGAUUCAUUGGUUGAACAGUGUAUUCAGUAUUGCCACAAAAAUAUGAAUGCCAUAGUAGCUACCCCAUGCAACAUGAAUUGUAUUAAUGCAAAUCUUCUUACACGUAUAGCUGAUCUGUUCACACACAAUGAAGUUGAUGAUUUAAAGGACAAGAAAGAUAAGUUUAGGAGUAAACUGUUUUGUAAGAAGAUUGAGAGACUAUUUGAUCCUGAGUACUUAAAUCCAGAUUCUCGGAAUAAUGCAGCAACAUUAUACAGAUGCUGUUUGUGUAAGAAACUUUUAACUAAAGAAACAGAGAGGAGAAUUCCUUGCAUUCCUGGAAAAAUCAAUGUGGAUCGACAUGGAAAUAUUGUGUACAUUCACAUAAGAGAUAAGACUUGGGAUGUUCAUGAGUAUUUGAAUAGUCUUUUUGAAGAAUUAAAAUCUUGGAGAGAUGUAUAUUGGCGCUUGUGGGGAACAGUCAACUGGCUAACUUGUUCGACAUGUUGUCAGGUUUUUCUCUGUAUAGAAUUUUCACAUUGUCAAUAUCAUUCAGAAGCAGUGGUUUAUCCUCCUGCAGCAAGUUCACUGAGUACUGCGGGCACUGGAAUUUAUCCCUGCUGCAACCAAAAGGUUCUCCGGUUUGAUCCUACUCAGCUUACAAGGGGUUGUAAAGUGAGAGAUCACAUGGUUGCUCUUUGCGAUCAAGAUGAAGGUGGAGAUUUGCUAUCCUGUCCAACUGCUAGAACACUGGAUGAUCUGCACAAACACCGAGAUGUCAUCGUUGUGCCUUUUUCUAAAGACACCGUUAGUGAUUCUGGAGUUGGUCCCUGUGAUGAGAAGGGUCUGGACUGUGAUGUUUUACUGGAGCCAAGUACACCAUGGGGCUCCAAAAGUGGGGAGCUCAAUGCUUUUUUAUCACUGAAAAACUGGACUCUGCAACUGAAACAACAGUCAUUAUUUUCAGAAGAAGAAGAAUAUACAACUGGAUCUGAAGUCACUGAAGAUGAAGUUGGAGAUGAAGAAGAAGUAUCCAAGAAACAAAGGAAAAAGGAGAAGCCUAAGAAGUUCACUAAACAACCAAAAAAGCAGAUGUCUUCACCCUGUGGUCAGAAGAAAGAAAAGGCAUUGGAGAAGUCAACUUCUAGAGAUGUGUCUCCUUUCAUUGUGAGUAUGCAGAAGAAUAAGUGGGAUGCCUCAAGAUCACUGAGAUUCAACCAGGAUGCCCAAAGAGAAGAUGAUCAGAGGCGGAUGUCUGAAAUUACAGGGCACCUAAUAAAGAUGAGGCUGGGUGAUAUGGAUCGAGUCAAGUCAAAGGAAUCAAAAGAAUUUGCAGGAGGUAUUUAUUCCAGGCUCGAGGCGCAAAUCAAGGCCUCAGUGCCAGUCAGUGCGCGGCAAGGAAGCUCAGAGAAAAACUCGAGGUCUAAAAGCCGCUUUGGUACAGGGCGUCCUGCAUAAAGCACCUUAACAUACAACCAAAAAGGCAGAAGACACGCCUCUGGACAUCCAAAAUUGCUCACCUCUUGAAGAUCUUCAGAACAAUGACUUCUAAA